UUGUCGAUUAAAUUUUUAUAUCUAGGAAUUGCUAGUCGUUUAUAUUAUGGAAUUGAUUCGCCAACAUAUACAUGAAGCGGCACUAGCUUUCUGAAUACUUUACCGUGGGAAGCUGAAGCCGCUCGACUCUCCGUCGCCGUCGCCGGAGACGGAAUUUAUUGGCAGCGAAGGCGAGACGAGAAGACCGAAAUGGUGUGAAGCUGUUUUGAUCAAAGAGAAGAUAAACUAGUAAAUGAACAAAACUGACAGAAGAGUUUCUCAGAUUCAGUAUUAUCGGCAAGAAGCAUUGUUAUUGUUACAAGUUACAACUUUAAUCAGUGUAAAGCUAAUGAUAUUAGCUAAAAUUUGGGGCACAUAUUUCUGGAAAGGGGAUUGCAGCAUUUGAAGAGAAGUGUUGAGCUGAUGGGUAGCAAGAUACCAAUCAAAUGGCCAAGAGAAGUCACAGCGGCUUUUGUUGAACAGCUGAUUCGAGCAGAAAAAGAUUUACAAAAAGCGGUUCUUAUAUUUGAUGCAGCAACAGCAGAGUACUCUAAUGGCUUCCGGCACGAUCAUAGCACAUUUGGUCUCAUCAUCUCGAGAUUGCUUUCUGCAAAUCAUUUUAAUUUAGCUGAGGAAAUGCUUGUCAGAAUGAAGGAUGAAAGCUGUAAGAUUACUGAGGAUAUAUUCCUCUCAGUCUAUCGAGCCUAUGGGCGGGUUCACAAGCCACUUGAGGUGAUCAGGGUUUUUCAAAAGAUGAAGGAGUAUGAUUGUGAGCCAACCCAGAAAUCGUAUAUUACAGUGUUCUCUGUACUUGUUGAUGAAAACCGAUUAAAAACUGCUUAUAGGUUUUAUCGUUACAUGAGGGGGGUGGGCAUUCCACCUUGUGUUGCUUCGCUUAAUAUUUUGAUUAAAGCUCUCUGCAAGAACAGUGGAACAAUGGAUUCUGCUUUUCGUAUUUUUCGUGAGAUGCCCAAGCGCGGAUUUACACCUGAUUCCUAUACAUAUGGGACUCUCAUCAAUGGGCUUUGCAGAUUGGGCAAGGCCUCUGAAGCAAAAGAACUUCGGAUGGAGAUGGAAGCAAAUGGUUGUUCGCCUACUGUAGUCACCUAUACUUGUUUGAUUCGUGGCUUUUGCCAGUCAAAUAAGUUGGAUGAAGCCAUGACAUUGCUUGAGGACAUGAGGAGCAAAGGUAUUGAGCCCAAUGUGUUCACUUAUAGUUCUUUGAUGGACGGUCUUUGUAAGGGUGGACGUUCCUCUGAAGCAAUGGAGUUAUUACAGAUAAUGAUUCAUGAACAUAAGAUUCCAAAUAUGAUAACUUACAGUACCUUAAUUCACGGACUUUGUCGAGAAGGUAAAAUUGGAGAAGCCUUAGAGAUUUUUGACAGGAUGAAACUUCAGGGAUGUAAACCUGAUGCAGGGUUAUACUGGAAAGUCAUCAAUGGCUUUUGUGAGAAUAACAAGUUUCAUGAAGCAGCCAACUAUCUUGAUGAAAUGAUCCUUAGUGGAAUAUCUCCAAACAGAUUAACUUGGAGCUUGCAUGUGAAGAUCCAUAAUGCAGUAGUCCGAGGCCUGUGUGCUGUGAAUGAUCCGAAGCGAGCUUUUCAAUUAUAUUUAAGCAUGCGCACCAGAGCCAUCUCAGUUGAAGCCAAGUCUUUUGAGACUUUAGUCAACCAUUUCUGCAAGAAAGGAGAUGUGCACAAGAUUGCUCGUAUUGUCGAGGAAAUGUUGACUGAUGGAUGCAUUCCAGAUGAACAAACAUGGGCUGUUGUGGUGGGUGGAUUUUGGGAUAGAAGGAAAGUAAGGGAAGCAGCUGAUUCGGUACAGGCUGAUCUGAUGUGUAAACAUAUGGAUCUUGAGACUUGAUGUCUUAUUCAAGUUUCUGAUUAUGAUCGCAAUGCCUUUUUUAAUCCAUGUGAAUGUCAAGCCAAAAUAAUCUGGUUUUAUGCAUUGCUUCACCUUCUAAGAAGAUUUUUGGUAAAUCAUAACAUAGUGGGUGUCUGUUGUAUUUACUUUUUUUUUUUCAUGAGUAUUUGGUGCAAAGCUAAGAUUAUUCCAUGGCAACCUGGAACUCAAAGGUUCAAGUUGCAGUUCAAUCUUUGCAGUGCACAGUGAUUAUCUUCAAAUUCCAUGAAAUUCGCUGGUUAAUCAUUUACAGCUUCAUCUGGCAAGUUAAGUCAAAGGCCAUAGAAAUUGUUACAUUU